AUGGGCUUGUCUACAACGAGGCGCGAUCGGCAUGAGAGUGACGCGGGCUGCCGAGGGUGUGUACUGUACGGCGUGGUAGGUGAAAAACAUCCAACAAUUGCCAGACAUGAUGUGGGCGCCGUCACCGUGGUCGGUGGUGGUGGAAACAUGACUGCCCCCCUGCGCCGCGUCCUGGGUGUUAUUUUAAAAACACACAAAAAAAGCUGGUGGGCCCAAUGGCCAGACUGCCCAAAAGCAUGGAGCCUUGGCUGGUUGGAGGGUCCACGAUCAACCUCGAGAGGGGGAGAUUUUACUGGGGCGCCGCCAGCCACUGCGUUUCCGCGUAAGCACGUCGCGGCUUUUUUUUUCUUCUUCUCCAAGCCAACGGCCUCAGCUCCCCAGCCCGGCAGUGACGGCCAGGAUGUGGCAAGCAGGGAGAUGAAGAGAUGAAAGCAUGCAGACCAAUGCGGACAGCCAUACCGACUGACAGACUUUUUACCAGCCCCUUGAUUGCUGGGGAAUCGGGACGCUCCAACACGAACCAUUCUCCUGUGCGUGCCGCAUACGUCCUGGCGCAAACUCACUCCAUGCCAUCCAUGCACCUCACCUGCUCGCCCAUUUAUUUGCUCGAUGGCGGUGUCUCAAUUUCGCGGCUGGUCCCCGCGCCCCCCUGCGGGCGGCCCAGCCGGUCAGACCAGCAGGCCCCUAAACCGUAACCGUGCCGAAGGAAUAGAACGAAGGAAGCUUGAGGGCUGGGUGGCUGCUAGUAUCCCCAACCCGACCUCUCGGCUCCGUCUUCACCUCGUUUUCAAGGACUUUCCCCGUCCGGGCUCGACGUCGAGCCCGAGUUUCAUCGCGCCUCUUACGAACCUUGGACGCUUGAUUAAGUCGUGCGUUCGUCAUCCCUCAGUUUGGGCGGGUCCAACACGCAGCUUCCAGCGCAGCGUCCUGAAAGGGACUUGACACUGGACGGGGCGGCUCCCCUUUUUCCCCACAGCCCAACCCUUGCUUCCAGCUGUGGCCGCAGCUUGCAGUUGCUGGUACCUGUACCUGUACAUGUACAUGUGCUCUCCCCCACCAGCCGACCAGCAGUACAGAGCUGGAGGUAUAACCACCUUGUCGGCCGUCACCUCACAAACUCU